CACAAGGUCAUGGAGGAACCAGCUUCGGGGAGCCACGGUAUUUUCCAAAAUAGAUCUGCGGUCCGAAUACUAGCAGAUAAGAAUGGCGGACAAUUCCGUUCACAAAACUGCAUUCCGAACUUGGUACGGGUCGUACGAGUAUCUGGUAAUGCCGUUCGGACUCACCAAUGCACCAGCGACGUUCCAAGCAAAAUGCGUGGUGGUAUACAUGGACGACAUUCUCAUCUACUCGUGCGACAUGAAGCAGCACGUCGAACACCUGCGACGCGUUUUUCAAAUUCUUCGACGAGAACGAUUCUACAUCAAAUUGUCCAAGAGCGACUUCGCACUCGAGAAGGUCCAAUUCCUCGGACAUAUCGUGAGCAUUCAAGGAGACACACUUGACUUCCUCGAGACACACUUCCACUACGAC